CUCCUUUCCCAUAUGAUUGGUUUAAUACACCAGAAAAAAUAGAUACUACUUCUCUUCCUUCUAUUGAGGCUUUUGACACAGAUUGUUUAGAAAGAUUUCACAAAUUAAUGAAAAGUAAAUUUGAAUUAGAUAUUGCUCACUAUGUUUCUCUCUCUUCAUUUGCAGAAAAUGCUUUAUAUAAAACUACAGGACAAGAGAUUGAGCUAUUUACUGAUGAUAAUAUAUAUCUCUUCUGUGAGAAAGGUAUCAGAGGAGGUAUUUUAAUAGUAAGUAAUCGUCAAGUUGAAGCUAAUAAUCUACAACAUUCUGAUUUUGUUUCAGAGACAGAAGAAGCUAUGAAAAAACUCUAUACUUGGCUAUUAUAUGUUGAUGCUAAUGCAUUAUAUACUGGAGCAAUAAUGCAAUAUAUAUCAACAGGAGGACAUAGAUGGAUAAUACCAGAAGAAACUCCAGACCUUUUUAAUAAAAUUACCAAGUGGGAGAUCCCUGAUAAUGCAGAAAAAUGCUAUAUUUUGGAAAUAGCUCAUACUUUAUAUCCUUUAGCUCCUGAAAAUAUCGAGAUUUCUAAAGAGGAAAUGAGUAAGUGUGAACAAGAGAUUAUUAAUGAUUUAAAACAUUAUACAAAGACUAAGAAACUUAUUCCAAAUCUCAAUAAUAAGAAAAAACCAGAAGGAGAAUCGAAAAAGUUUAAAAAAUUAGUAGCUAAUUCCAGUUAUAAGUCACAUAGAAUUUUAGCAGAGAAUUUAGUAGGUAUUUCUCAUCAUCAAUCAAAAGCUAGACUUAGUAAACCUAUUUUUAUUGGUAUGUCUGUUCUUGAUGAAAUGGUAUAUACUGAUACUGAUUCUCUUAUAUUACUUAUUCGAACUGAGAACGUUUAUAAAGAUAUGGCAGAGAUGCAUGAACAUUUUGAUUUUAGCGAUUAUAAGUCAGAACAUCCUAUAUACAAAGCUCUCGGAAAAGAAAAGAUAAAAAAGUUCCUAGUAAGUUUAAGGAUGAAAGUUGCGGUACUGCUAUGUGUAAAUUUUGUAGACCAAGACCUAAGCUCUAUAGUUAUAUUCUUGCUAAUGGAAAAACAGAUUGAAGAGCUAAAGGAGUACAAAAGAUUAGGAAGUAAAGACCAUAUUAUCAGACUUCUUCGUUUAUCUAAAGUUG